CAAGUCACAGCUGAUGAGCGUCAGGUGAAUGUAAAGAGAUCUGGACAUGACAUGAUGAUAUUAAAGAAUGUGUGAGCUUGUCUUGGAUUACAAACCUGGUUAACUCUGAAUGGAAAUACUCAGCAGCCUGUGAUGGAAUACUAAUAACAUUAAGUCUCCUCCCAUCAGACAAGAACUCUACGCACAAUAAAAACUUUUGUGCACUGAUGAGCCAGCUUCAGUGAGGGCUUUUCCACAAUGAGGGACCGUUUGGAGGAGCUGCAGCUGAAGGCUAGAGACUUUUCUGAGGCAGAAAGUGAGAAUAACAGCCCUUUCUCAGCGGAGGGUGAUAAUGAUGACUCUGUGGCGGUCGAGGUCAUAACGCCACAGGCUGUGGUAUUCGAGGAGGAGCCAAUCAUUGAGAAUUUUCUGUCUGAGGCUCAGCAAAUCCGAGAUGAUAUCACGGUGCUGGAUAUAGAGGUCCUUAAGUUCACCCAGCAGCAAAGGACCCUGGUGGCAACAAUGCGUCGUUUCAGCGUGAUGAAAAAGGAGAGCAGCAUAACCCGGGAUAUCAAGCUCCAGGCUGAAAGCCUCCACCGACGCUUAGAUGCCCUUUCAAAACAGGUCCAAAGGACAGAGGACCUGCAGGGACCCACUGCUGUUACAACAAGAAUACAACGCUCCCAGCAUGCAGCACUGUACCGCAAAUUUCAGCAGGUAAUGCUGCAGUAUAAUGAAGGACUGCUGACCAAGCAGGACCGUUGUAAGCACUUCAUUAUUCGGCAGCUGGAGGUAUCGGGAAGGGACGUGACGGAGGAAGAGGUGAAUGAGAUGGUGGCCACAGGAAAAUGGGAGGUCUUCAAUGAGAACCUGCUGAAUGAUGCCAGAAUCACACGGUCGCAACUAUCUGAGAUUGAACAGCGACACAAGGAGUUGUUGAGCCUGGAGAGCAAUAUGAAGGAGCUGAGGGACCUGUUCAUGGACAUUUUCAUGCUGGUGGAAGAACAAGGAGCCUACAUUGAACACAUCCAGACCAAUGUGGAGAGGACACAGGAUUAUGUGGCUACAUCUAAUGAGAAGUUCAAGUUGGCAGCCAGAUACAAGAAGAAGAACCCACUUCGACAGCUAUGCUGCUGCUGCUGCCCUCCCUGGAGAUGCUGCUUAUAAGACAUAUGCAUUUUUACCACAACGGUCAUUCCAAAGAAGGUUUUACUUUGAAAAGUCUCACUUACCUGUUGGGUGGUAAGCAAUGUUGGAUUCAAGUACCAUUAAAGUGAAGGUUAUGGUACUGCACUUUUUGCUGUUGAACAGAGCGCCAGUGAAGAUGGAUUCAGCAGAGCAUAGAAAACAAUUAGGAGGAAAGGCCAGAAUUGGUAUUUGAGGCACUUGUUUCUUUCAAGAGGAUGUGAGGCCACUGCUAUUGGAAGAGACAGUUCAGUGAGUGCUACUCACCAACACUGCUGCUUAUUGGAGACCUUCACUGUCAUUUGACAGAGGUCACAAACAAGGGAAGACCACUGUCUCUGCCACUGCUAGAUCAGCAACACCGAUAUUUCAGCUUUUUUUUUUUUUUUUUCUAAGUCUCAUCUCUAGAGCUCAGGAGCUCUAGUUAAAAACCACUUAUUUUUUUAUACAGUAGGAGCAUUUUAAGAUAUAUCUGUCUUUUUUAUCUUUUCUUCUCAGCACAAACUAUAAUUUAACGUAGCAGAGAGAGAUUCUCUUCAGAGAGAUUAUUGAGCCAUUAUGUAUUUUAUUUUUGAUCUGCAUGCCGAUGGGAGAGAUAAAUAAAUUAAUUUAUAUUUAAGAGCGGGAAUUCAAUUUAUCAAAUGGAACUGUUACAAUGUUGAGAUGACAAGCCUUGGCAUUCAUUAUGUAUCAUUAUUAUGAUAUUAAAAUUAAUAUAUAUCACAUGAAAAAGGAAACAAUGGCUUUUAAUUAGGUGGAAAGCUCCCACCUGAAAAAGGGAGAGAACAAACUAAAAUACCGGUAAUAUGUUACACCCAUUGACAGGUACUUGUCUCCUGUUUCACCUUUUACUUAAUGAUGAACGGUAAAUACAAACUUUCUGUAUUUUACCCCACUGGGAUAUUCGGUAAUUCGUCUUUCUCUCACUUACUGGUAGUGGGUGAAUUCUGAACAAGUCUGUCAUCAGUGACAGUGAUGUUCUUUCAUGACUCAGUGACCUAUGGUGUCUGGUUUCUGGGACAAAAUACAGGUGAACUGGGUGUGCCAGAGCCAGAACUGGAAAAUCUGGUUUGUAUUCCAGGAUGGCUUCUGUAUGUUCAUGUAGGGAACAGUGUGUAAACAGAACCGUUAACCUCACGCACAUGGUAAGAAGACCUGCCUCGGUUAAAUAGUCUUAUCUUAAAAUGAAACGACUACUAGGUGUGCAAAAAAAUAUAAUCCUAUGAAAACCUUUAGCAUGUUA